GCUUUUUCCACGUCUUCCUGGCAUUUGAGGGAUGACUUGGAGACGGGAAUGGGCUUUGGAUGCCGGCGAGGCUUGGGAGGCUCCCGGUCCCUGGAGUGCUCUGAGCCAGUUUGGGGAUCCCACCCAGGCUCUGCCCAGAGUCGAGAUGGAGCAACUUCCCAUCACUGGUACCACUGUUAAUCCCAAUCCCAGUUCUAAAGAUUGACCCUCUCUGCGUUAAAAUCCCAUUUUCCAGCUUUCCUGACCCUUUGUUUCCAUUUGUCCAGCAAUUCCCCCGUCUGGAUCCCGCCGUGUUCACCAUCCCUGGCUCUGGGGCAGCUCUGGAAGCCCCCUGGUUUGCAGCUUUUCCAGGGAGCCUUUGCUAAUUCCAACAUGUUAAUCCCAGCUAUUAAUCCCUAAUCAGCCAGAGGAAGUAAUAACUUCUUCCUUCUUUUCCAGGUCGACACACAAUGAGAUGGAAAAGAACAGGCGUGCCCAGCUCCGGCUGUGCCUGGAGAGGCUCAAGGGGCUGGUGCCCCUGGGGGCGGCGGCCGGGCGGCACACGACCCUCAGCCUCCUCACCAGGGCCCGGCUCCACAUCCAGAAGCUGGAGGACCUGGAGCGCCGAGCCCUGCACCAGAUCGAGCAGCUGCAGCGGGAGCAGCGGCACCUCCAGCGGCAGCUGGAAAAGCUGGGAAUGGAGCGGGUCAGGAUAGACAGCAUCGGCUCCAGCCUGUCCUCCGAGCGCUCCGACUCGGACCGAGGUGAGACCCCGCUCCGGGGGACGGCCGGCAGGAGGUCCGGCCCCGCUGGGACUCCAACCGUUCCCAUUCCUCCGGCAGAAGAGAUGGAUGUGGAUGUGGAGAGCACGGACGACCUCCCGGCCGACCUGGACUGGAGCAGCAGCAGCCCCAGCGACUCGGACGAGCGCGGGAGCCUCCAGAGCCUGGGCAGCGACGAGGGGUAUUCCAGCUCCGGCGGGACCAGGGCGAAGCCGGCGAGCGGCCGGAAGCUUCCCCUCGGGAUGUAGGAAGCGCUUCCCGCGGCCGUUCCAGCGGCGCCGUUCCCGUGGGAUCCCGUUGGCCAGCACACCGACCCCCCCCGCAUCCCCCGCCCGUCCCGCCGAUCCCGCUGCUCCCGGGGCUCCGCUCGCGCCCGCCGGCUCCUCGGCCCGGCCGGGAUCUCUUCUGCCAGGCCCUACAUUCCAGCCACGCUUGGAAGCGCCUGGGAAUAUCGUGGCAGUAACAGCGACCUCCAGAGCCUUCCCUGGGUUCUCUCCCAGGCUGUCACCGCCCGGUAUUCCCGAUCUUCUCCGCAUUUGGCCGGCGACAUCGUGUUCCUGACGCUCAGGACCCAAAAGCUGAGUUUUUGGGAGCAGAUCCGAAGGCAGAACCGGCCUCUUGUGGAAUUUCCACCUGGGAGAGAGCAGAGCUGAGCUGAGAACCCGCCCAGGGAGCAUUUUGGGUGGGCACAGGGAUCGGCCUCAGUCGGGGGGUUCCUCCCCCCCGACUCGAAAUAUUCAGGAC